UACUGCGGUAAUUUAUUUUUGUCUUAUGUACCAGUCAAUUUGCAGUUAAAUUCGAUCAGUAUAAUCAAGUUAAAGUUUUUGCCUCUGAAAUGUAACAUUUCUAAAAUAUUGUGAUAGUGUAUUAAACAAUGUCAAACAGUCCCGUAUUGGACACUUCUGUUAUUGAAAACACUGUUUUAAAUCUUUUUUUUUUUUUUUAAAUAUUGUUUUAUGUUUUCAAUGUUUAACUGAAAUGAAAUCAGUGAUAGGCUAUCUGAAACAAAUUAAUUAAUCAACCCUCUGAUGUAGCCUAUUAUUAAAUAAUGAAGUAAAAUAAAAUAAAAGUCUUACUCACGUCAAAACUAUAUAGGCUACUCAAUUUUCCCACCAAAAGACGCAUUUUUAAAUUAAUGAUGCGUUUUUUGUUGUUGUUUGUUUUUUUGUUUUUUUGUUUUUUGUUUUUUUGUUUUAGUGCAACCAAAGCGGUGUCGAAGUUACAUUGCACUUUUACUAUUACUUUGAAUUGAAUGGAAUUGAAUUACUAAUCGAAAAUCUAAUUUAAGUGUGAGAAUUCAUGCAGAAAGGACAGAAAUUACCGUGACGACAAGUUAUACAUGAUUAUGAUGAUGACAUUUUUACAGUGCGGUGAAAUUUGAACUUUAGCUACACAAAGACUAGUCAUUUGAAGCUAUGCUGAUUUAAUGUAAAUCAUGUAUCAUAAAAAUGAUAAUGGAAACACUAACGCGUUGUUCUGUAUUUUUAGUAACACAACUUUAUUUGUCCAGGGAAAAUACGCACGCAAAAGAUGAGAGUCUUCAGCAGACUGACGUCUCGCUUCAUCAUGUUGCCUUUAAGUUUCAUGACCAUCUUUCUUCUGUAUACUCAAAACGCCCCGAUGGACGAUGCCAUUUACGCAUUUGAUGAUUUAAUCUUCGAACCUUCAUGCUCCUGUAAAACUUGCAUCAUGGGUUUUAUGGACGAUGACUGGUUCGUUUAUCGUUACAAUCCAACCAUUCCAGCCCUGCUCAACAGAAGAAACAGCUUGCUACAUAGAGACGCAUACAAAUGGUGGAGGGGUCUACAACCGUCAACGCUCAGAGUCAACUACACAGAGGUGGUGGACCAGUUGUUUUCUCUCUUUCCCGAUGAAGAACACUAUUCAGAUGCUGGUCCAGAUCGCUGCAGAACUUGUGCUGUGGUGGGAAACUCUGGGAACCUCCUGGGAUCCCACUAUGGUCAACUAAUAGACAGCCAUGACUUAGUCAUUAGGAUAAAUAAAGGCCCGACAAAAGGUUACGAGAAGGAUGUGGGGUCCAAGACCACUCACCGGAUUCUGUAUCCCGAGAGCGCUGUGGACUUGGAGGACAACACCCAUCUGGUGCUUUUUCCCUUUAAGAUUCGUGACAUGCAGUGGCUCAUAAGCACCUUCACCACUAGACACAUCACACGCACCUACACACGAGUCAAACCUUCAAUCAAGGCAAAUGAGAAUAAGGUGAUGAUCCUCAACCCUGCUUUUAUAAAAUACGUCUACGAGAAAUGGCUGCAGAAAAAUGGCAAAUAUCCUUCUACUGGCUUCAUUACAGUAGUAUUUGCCCUGCAUAUCUGUGAUCAGGUGGAUGUCUUUGGGUUUGGAGCUAAAAGUGAUGGAACCUGGCAUCAUUACUUUGACAAAACUCACACUAACUUUAAAGGCGGACCUCAUAAAGGAGACAUUGAAAAUACAACAAUGCAUCAACUUGUACACAGAAACAAGAUUUCAAUAUAUAAAGGGUAUUGAUAAAGAAAACAGUUCUUACAUUUAAUGAAGGAUUUCAAGAUGGAUUCAGGUCUGAGAGGAAUGUAAAAAUUAAUAGUAAAUGUUAAUGUAUUUAAUAUAAAUGUUGGCGAUGUUUUGAGAGCUGUAGCAAAUGCUGUAGAAUUUCCUAUUCUUUUCUCUAUUUAUAAUGCCUUACUGUAUUGUAAACAUAUUGUAUGUUGUUCAUGUACUACUAAAAUACUAAUAUAUAAGACAUCUGGAAUGUUAGUUUAUAUGGAUCACAAUCUUGUAUUGUAAAAAUAAAUAAAUAAAAUUAAAAGGUUGAGCGCAUCAAAAUGAGAAAAAAGAAAAAAAAAAUUAUAGGAAUGUUCUUUCAUUCAAAGUUCUUUCAAGAAAGCAAUGUAACAUGAAAAUCAAGUUUUUAAAGUCGUUUAUAUGCCUAUGUGCUUUUUUAAAUAUGCUUUAAGACAAACUAUGUGUAAAUUCAUAAGUCAACGCCAUUGCUGAGUAUUUUCUCCUUAAAACUGCAGUGAACCAAACACAGUCUCAAAAAUGCAGUUUUGAAAUCGCCC